CAAGUUAUUAAGCACUGAGGAAGGGGGAGCAUGUAAUUUGCCUGUGCCUUUUGUAUUCCUUGUCUUUAACACUUUUCAGUCUGCAUUGAGGAUUAUAGCUCUGAUGCAUAUGUGCUUUUGAUUGCGCCAUCUUAAUAAUGAUUGGAAAUAAUACAUUACUGAUGCUUAAGUGUGGCUGCCUGAGCAGCACUCAGGGUGCAGCUUUGAAAGUCACCACUGAUUUCCUUUGCCCACUAGUAUUUCUUUUCCCCCUUCCCUCAUUCUCUGAAUCUUUUGUUUGAAUAAUAUAUUGUUAGUUUACAACUGUGUCCCCAUUUUAAGUAAAAUGGGUUAGGAAAAAAUCAUUCCGUAACGAUAGAGCAGCAUCCUAGGCUUUCUUUAAGUAGCAGAAAAUCCUCCUGGGAUGUUUGUAAAAACUCAUCUGCGAAUUUUAGUAUAUGCACAUACAGGUAAAACAUCUUUUCACAGGAGAUGCUAUGAACCAACUGCUUAUGUGCCAUUGAUGUCUGACCAAAAAGUGCUAUGGAGAUGUAGCACAUUGACAAAAACAUUGUAUUUGUGAUUUCUCUAGCCACUGAAAAUUGUUGUGGCACUUAAGGCACUUGGAGUCUGCUUUAUGUUGUAGUUGGUCUAUAUAGUAUCCUUUUCUUCCUCCCCCUUCAUGUACUCCAUUUUAAGCUUCUUCUCUUCUCCACGAUGCCUUGUUAACAGUUGCAAUUUCAUGAGCAUUUGUGGUAUGAUGGAAGCAGCUAAGAAUCCAUUUGUACAGGUCAGGUAAGGUGUACUAGGUCCUUGAAUUCUUAUUUCCUGUGCUAGGUACAGAUGGUCAGCGAAACAGAAGAGGCCCCAGCCUUGACAAGGUCACAUUCUAGUGAGGAUAGCUAAUAUUAUGGCAGUUGUAAGUCCUAGGAAGAAAAAAAGAGGAUGAAAGGUGAUGUAGGGGCAGGAGUGCUAUUUUAGAGAGUGCUCAGAGAAGGUCUCUGGAUGUCCAGGCCUGUGUUCUUUUCUCUACAGCUUUAUAGUGGAAAUAGAAUAAAGUGCUAUUUAUUUACCAAAAAUGUACUCAGUACUUACUAGGUGAAAGGAACUGAGCUUGGUUUUGUGACGGAUCCCAGUAGGGAGCACAAACAGUGUCUGUACUUGAGGACCUUUAGCUGUUCACUUCCCCAGGAGACUACGAGCUUCCUGAAGUCAAGGACCAGGACUUUUGGUCUGUCUAUAUCAGAAGGCCUCAUUAUAGUGUUUGGAUGGAUAAAGGGGACUGUUUUUUCUUUUUUUCCCUCUCAACUGAGUCACAUGCCAGGUGGUAACCAGUGAGAUGCUGUUGCUACAGUGACCUCACUAACUGAGGUUGUCGCUCUAGCUAGAGCAGAGCUGAAAGGAAUUGAUGGUCGCAAGAGAGAAAUGUAGGUUAAAUCAAGUUGUACUGAGUCACUGUAUUGUAUAACCAUUAACUUAGGUCUUUUGGUCUGUCUGUACCACGAACGCUCAUAAUAGUGAUGAAUAGAGGGGACUUUUUUCCCAACUUAGUCACACAACAGAUGGGAACCAAUGAACCACAGUUGCCAGGAUGACCUCAUUGUGUUACAUAACAAUUAACAAAUAACUGAGGUUAUUCCUCUGGCUAGAGCAGACGUGAGAGGAAGUGUUGGGGGCAAGAGGGAAAGGAGGUUGAGUUAAGUUGUAUUUCAUCACCGUGUUGUGUUAACAAUUAACUUCAGUAGUAAAACGGAGACGAGAGUUGGAGCCUUGAGUUGCUGGUCUUCUCUCCUAUCCUCUCCUCCCCAUCCUCCUUGUCCUCCCUGUGUUGUCUUUCUACUUCUGAGUAUUUCUGUCUCUCUCUCCAUGUGUCUCUUUUCCUAUUAACCUUGAUUUGCUAGUGUCUUCACAAAAGGUUCCAUGCUGCACAUCAUAAGUGAACUGUGAAGUGGUCGCCAGAGAGAUCAGUUUAGAAGAACUGAUCCACAGUGUGUGAGAGCAGGAACGUGGUAUGCAGAGGAUUGCCAGCGUGGAGUUGUCCAUUUUAUUGGAGAGGGGACAGGAGACCAGAGAGUGACCAAGGAUCUGUCUGUUUAGUUCCCAGGAUACAUGAAUGCCAGGUUUAUUCCAGAGCAAAUGAAAAAGAGCCUUGCUGUUGGUGGUUAGCUAAAGUGAGGAUGAUAAAGGGUGAGUUUUAUGUGAUAGAAUAUGCAGCAUGUGAUGCUACAUACAAUGAAAUUGUCACAAUUGAACGUUUGCGAUCAGUUAAUCCCAACAAACCUGCCACAAAAGAUACUUUCCAUAAAAUCAAACUGGACGUGCCAGAAGACUUACGACAAAUGUGUGCCAAAGAAUCGGCACAUAAGGACUUUAAAAAGGCAGUUGGUGCCUUUUCUGUAACUUAUGAUGCAGAAAACUAUCAGCUUGUCAUUUUGUCUAUCAAUGAAGUCACCUCAAAGCGCGCACACAUGCUGAUUGACAUGCACUUUCGGAGUCUGCGCACUAAGCUGUCUCUGAUACUGAGAAAUGAAGAAGCCAGUAAGCAGCUAGAGAGUUCAAGGCAACUUGCCUCAAGGUUUCACGAACAGUUUAUCGUACGAGAAGAUCUGAUGGGUCUAGCUAUUGGUACUCAUGGUGCUAAUAUUCAGCAAGCUAGAAAGGUACCUGGGGUCACUGCUAUCGAUCUAGAUGAAGAUACCUGCACAUUUCAUAUUUAUGGGGAGGAUCAGGAUGCAGUGAAAAAGGCUCGAAGCUUUCUGGAAUUUGCUGAAGAUGUCAUACAAGUUCCAAGGAACUUAGUAGGCAAAGUAAUAGGAAAAAAUGGAAAACUGAUUCAGGAGAUUGUGGACAAGUCAGGAGUUGUGAGGGUGAGAAUUGAAGCUGAAAAUGAGAAAAAUGUUCCACAAGAAGAGGAAAUUAUGCCACCAAAUUCCCUACCUUCCAGUAACUCAAGGGUUGGACCUACUCCUUCAGAAGAAAAAAAGCAUAUAGAUGUAAAGGAAAACAGCACUCAUUUUUCUCAGCCUAACAGCACAAAAGUCCAGAGGGUUUUAGUGGUUUCAUCAACUGUAGCAGGGGAAUCCCAGAAACCUGAACUCAAGGCUUGGCAGGGUAUGGUACCAUUUGUUUUUGUGGGAACAAAAGACAGCAUCGCUAAUGCCACUGUUCUUCUGGAUUAUCACCUGAACUAUUUAAAGGAAGUAGACCAGUUGCGUUUGGAGAGAUUACAAAUUGAUGAGCAAUUGCGACAGAUUGGAGCUAGUUCUAGACCACCACCAAAUCGUACAGAUAAGGAAAAAGGCUAUGUGACUGAUGAUGGUCAAGGAAUGGGUCGAGGUAGUAGACCUUACAGAAAUAGGGGGCACGGCAGACGCGGUCCUGGAUAUACUUCAGGAACUAAUUCUGAAGCAUCAAAUGCUUCUGAAACAGAAUCUGACCACAGAGAUGAACUCAGUGAUUGGUCAUUAGCUCCAACAGAGGAAGAGAGGGAGAACUUCCUGCGCAGAGGAGACGGGCGACGGCGUGGAGGUGGAGGAAGAGGACAGGGAGGAAGAGGACGCGGAGGCGGCUUCAAAGGAAACGAUGAUCACUCCCGAACAGAUAAUCGUCCGCGUAAUCCAAGAGAGGCUAAAGGAAGAACAGCAGAUGGAUCCCUCCAGAUCAGAGUUGACUGCAAUAAUGAAAGGAGUGUCCACACUAAAACAUUACAGAAUACCUCCAGUGAAGGUAACCGGCUGCGCACGGGUAAAGAUCGUAACCAGAAGAAGGAGAAGCCAGACAGCGUUGAUGGUCAGCAACCACUUGUGAACGGAGUACCCUAAACGGCAUAAUUCUGGAGUUAUGUUCCCUAUACCAUUUCCGUAAUUCUUAUUCCAUAUUAGAAACUUUGUUAGGCCAAAGACAAAUAGUAGGCAAGGUGGCACAGGGCAUGAAAUGAACACCAAUUCUGUUAAGAAUUUUAUUUUUUGUCAUAUUGGCCAUAAGCAACAGUUUUCAGAUUUGCACAAAGAAAGAGAUCUUAAAAUUUUGAAACAUUACUUUUAAGUAAGUAAGUAUACUUAGCACUUCAGGACAGGAUUUUCGUUUGGUUUAUUUUUUAAAUACCAAGCAGUGGUAUUCUUUCUUAAUUUGGACCGUUACCCUGCGUUGGGUGAUAACUCACUGGUACAUUUCAGUUUUUCUGAAUAAAUAGCAUUUAUGGUAAUCAUAUUACACUUCUGUUUUCAGUCUCAUACGGAAGGCCAAUGACAUUUCAUGUCCUGUGUCAGUUUAUGUUUUGGUCCACUUUUCCAGUAUUUUAGUGGACCCUGAGAUGUGUGUGAUGUGACGUUUGUCAUUUUCAUUAGCAAAAAAAAAGUUGUAUGAUCUGUGCCUUUUUUAUAUCUUGGCAGGUAGGAAUAUUAUAUUUGGAUGCAGAGUUCAGGGAAGAUAAGUUGGAAACACUAAAUGUUAAAAGAUGUAGCAAACCCUGUCAAACAUUAGUACUUUAUAGAAGAAUGCAUGCUUUCCAUAUUUUUUUUUCUUACAUAAACAUCAGGUUAGGCAGUAUAAAGAUUAGGACUUGUUUUCGUUUUUGUUUCGUUGCACUGAAGUUUGACAAAUAGUGUUAUUGAGAGGGAUGUGUAAUUUUUCUAUAUAGACAGGAGAAGAAAUAACUGUCUUUUCAUUUGAGAGAGGCUAAAACAUUUUCAGCUAGGAACAAAUCUUCCUGGUCAAAAGUUAGUAGGAUAUGCCUGCUCUUUGGCCUGAUGACCAGUUUUAAAUUAGAGCUGUUUUUAUUUUGUCCUCCCCAAGUUUUGUGAAGUUUUUCAUAUUUUAAUUUCAAGCUUAUUUGGGGGAGAUAGGAAGGUCAUUUCCAUGUGUGCAUAAUAAUCCUGUGAAGUACAGGUACUUUGUCUAAGAAACAAUGGAAGCAGGUUAAAUGUUUUGUAAACUUUGAAAUAUUAGGUCCAAAUGUAUAAGCAGAAUUGGAAAGCAGACUAGGAUUGGUUAACAAAUGAUACUUUUUUUCUUUAGUUUUUUGACAUGUUGGAUUUUGGGUUUGAGUCUCUGUUUUUUUUUGUUUUUUUUUUUUGUUACGAACGAGAUUUACAGAGGAAAAAUAUGUGAAGGACCUUCACUCUAAGAUGUUUAUUUUUCUUAAAAAAUAACUCCAAGUAGGGGUACCACUGAAUCUGUACAGAGCCGUACAAACCGAAGUUCUGCCUCUGAUGUAUUCUGUGAGUUUGUUUCUUUGAAUUUUCAUUUUACGGUUACUUUUCCUUGCAUACAAAUAAGCAUAUAAAAAUGGCAACAAACUGCACAUGAUUUCAAGAAUAUUAAAAAGUCUUUUAAAAGUAUUGCCAAACAUUAAUGUUGAUUUCUAGUUAUUUAUUCUGGGAAUGUAUAGUAUUUGAAAACAGAAAUUGGUACCUUGCACACAUCAUCUGUAAGCUGUUUGGUUUAAAAUACUGUAGAUAAUUAACCAAGGUAGAAUGACCUUGUAAUGUAACUGCUCUUGGGCAAUAUUCUCUGUACAUAUUAGCAACAACAGAUUGGAUUUUAUGUUGACAUUUGUUUGGUUAUAGUGCAAUAUAUUUUGUAUGCAAGCAGUUUCAAUAAAGUUUGAUCUUCCUCUGCUAAAUUGACGUUGAUGCAAUCCUUACAAAUGAUUGCUUUUAAAAUUUUAAGAUAGGAAAAGAAAUCUAUAAAGCGUUCUGUUACAAAAUGUAACUGUAUUACCAUUGGAAAUUUCACAUGUCAUAGGAAGUUAGCCGUUAUCUACCAACUUUCAAGAACUUGUUCUUGUUUAAUAAGGUGAAAAAAGUCAACAAAAUGGUACAGAAGCACAUUGUGCCAUUACAAUAUGCACUAAGUCUCUUUUUUACAAAGGCUGAAUUCAGCAAGGCGCUAACUUGCUUAAAUGUGAAUUACUAACUUCUAAAACUGUAAUUUGAGUCACAUGUUUUCAAACGGAGUUGGAGUUUAUUCAUAUUACAAUAUUUGUGUGCUAAACGUGUAUGUUUUUCAGUUCAAAGUCAUGAUGUUUUUAAAAUCUUAUUAAAGUUUCAAAAAUCUGAA